CCGGCCCAGAAGGGAAAGGAGGAAAUAAAGCGGAGGCGAGUUUCGCGGAGGGCAGCGCUCGGUGGAUGCUGCUGCGCGGGGGGUAAAGCCCCGCUCCGCCCUUUGAAGUGGGAAUUCAGGCUCCAGAAUCUUGGGGCUCGAGCCUGGGCGCAAACCUGGGGCUUCGCCUGGGGGCUGCAGGGAGGUGAUUGCUGCAUUUCCUCAGAGACAGGAUUCCCCAGAGCAGCUGUGGAUGUGCUGAUGAGCCAGGCAGCAUGUCAACAAAACGCUGGUUGCCGGGGACGCAGUGCAUCGCCAAGCACGACCACACCAAGCCCAAAGCCCGCGAGCUCGCCUUCCGCAAGGGCGACAUCCUCACCAUCGUCGAGGUCUGUGAGCAGAAAGGCUGGUACCAAGCGAAACACAACGACUCCGGCGAGGAGGGGCUGCUCUCGGCCAGCUCGGUGCGGGAGCGCGAAGCCAUCCGUGUUGACCCCAAGCUCAGCCUGAUGCCCUGGUUCCACGGGAAGAUCUCUGGUGUGGAGGCCGUGCAGGCACUCCAGCCCCCUGAGGACGGGCUCUUCCUGGUGCGGGAGUCCAUCCGGCACCCCGGGGACUACGUGCUGUGCGUCAGCUUCGGCAAGGAGGUCAUCCACUACCGCGUCAUCUACCAGGAGAACUGUCUGAGCAUCGACGCCUCUGUCUGCUUCUACAACCUCAUUGACAUGAUUGAGCACUAUAUGAAGGACCAGGGAGCCAUCUGUACCAAGCUGGUAAAACCAAAACCAAAGCCCGGGAUGAAGUCUGCUGAGGAGGAGCUGGCCAAGGCCGGCUGGUUACUGAAACUGCAGCACCUCAAACUGGGAGACAAGAUUGGGGAAGGAGAAUUUGGAGCCGUCCUGCAGGCAGAGUACCUGGGGCAGAAAGUGGCCGUGAAGAACAUCAGGUGUGACGUCACCGCCCAGGCCUUUCUCGCUGAGACCGCUGCCAUGACGAAGGUCCGUCACAAAAACCUGGUGCUGCUGCUGGGCGUGAUCCUGCACAACGGCCUCUACAUCGUCAUGGAAUUCAUGAGCAAGGGGAACCUGGUCAACUUCCUGAGGACACGGGGUAGAUCAGUCCUCCAGCCCAAGCAGCUCAUCCAGUUUUCCCUGGAUGUCGCCCAGGGGAUGGACUACCUGGAGUCCAAGAAGUUGGUGCACAGGGACCUUGCCGCCCGCAACAUCCUGAUCUCAGAGGAGAACGUGGCCAAAGUGAGUGACUUCGGCUUGGCCAAGGUGGACCCGAAAGGCACAGACGCCACCAAGCUGCCUAUCAAGUGGACGGCUCCGGAGGCCCUGAAACACAAUAAAUUCUCGGCCAAGUCGGACGUCUGGAGCUAUGGGAUCCUCCUGUGGGAAGUGUUCUCCUACGGCCGGGCGCCCUACUCCAAGAUGACUCUGAAGGAAGUGACGGAGAUGGUGGAGAAGGGGUACCGGAUGGAGGCCCCUGAGGAAUGCCCACCCUCCCUCUACACUCUGAUGAAGACCUGCUGGGAGAUAGAGCCGGGGAAGCGGCCUUCCUUCAAGAAGCUCACCGAGAAGCUGCAGAAGGAGCUGAAGCACAUAGGGGACAGUUAGCCCUGGGGGCUCCUGCUCCCAGGGCCGAAACAGCGCAGGGGCUGGCAGGCUCCAUGCAGCCUCUUCUGGGGGUUCUUGGCCUGGGUCACCCCUGCCUGACACACCAGGGCACCACACCUGGGACCAGAAGCACGCCGCAGCACAGAGCAGCGUGUGAUGCACCAGCUGCCGGCGCUGGUCCUGCUGCUGCACUGGGUCUGUGCUGCUUUGCCAGGCAGUAAAGAUGGGGAUGGGACCUGACCUUCUCCUCCUCCGACUCUGUGUGCCUGCACCAGGCUGAGAGACUGGUUCCAAGGGGCCAUAUUUACCCUGGCAGCCUUAGCAUGUCCCUGCCACAAGCACAGUUCUCCGAGAGCGUGUACUGGCUGGGACUAGACUGGCAUUGGGUGCCUCGUGGGUACAUGUACGCUGGUGCUCGUUCUGAACCAUACCUGGCAGGUUUCUGAUUUGUUCAGGAUGAGUCUGGUCAGACGGCCCUAUGGAUCACAGUCUGGUGACCACAUGCCCCCGUCCACUCGCCACAAACCACAGCUCAGGGACGGCUGGGAGGAGUGCGUCUCAUUGCGCGGGGCCAGCAGCAGCCUCCUGGGUGCUCGAGCACAUGAGCCCUGGACACUCCUGGGUGUCUCCAUCCCACGCUAACCUCUUCAAUCAGUGCAAGCAGCCCAUUGCCUGUCUGAGAAAGGUUCAGUGUUUCUUCAGCGUAGCCCGGCCAUCUCCAGGGCUGGGGCUGGGGCUGGGGCUGGGGCGAGGGAAGGGUGGGGGAGAGGAAGUGCUGCUCCCUAGCUCUUGGCCCCUGGACUCAGCUCUCUGGAGGCUCCUACUGAUGUUUAUUUCCAAGUGUUUCCCUCGUGUUUUAGUGAUUGGAAAUGUGGCUGCAGCACAAAAUGAAGAGAGUUCCACCGCCUUCA